UAACGGUAUAAACAAUGAAAAGUCAUGGAUUGGCCAAAGUGUCAUGAUAAACUCUGGGCUGGACCAAUUACAGCCGAAGAGGUUGGAUGCACCCUCCCCCUUGCUUGGGCAAUGGCUCCGAAAGCAAUCUUGGUGAGGAGCGGGUUCAGGUGACAGCGGCAGGGGAGGCUGGGAGAAAGAGCUGAUGCCUGCCACGUUGAUGACCUUUCUACUUAUUUUAGUAGCUGCUGGGGCCUGAAGAGGAACGAACUGAGAGCGGAGUGAGAGAGCUGAGCCAGUGAGAGUUGGAGUGUGUGAAAGGAGUUGUGAACUGAAUAAAAACAAUUACUGAAACGUGACCCAGAACUGUCUCCUUGUCUGUGUCGUAACGGACAUUAGUAACAGAGUAUUACAGUGGUGACCAGUUUGCCGCUACGACAUGUCAAACCCGCAGAACCUCCAGCAACGUCACGCGUUGGCUCGAAUGAUGGCCGACAUGGCGGCUUUGCAGCAGCAGCAGGCGGCAGUGCACCGGCGUCAUCUGGACCAGCUGCAGGCCCAGGCUGAGCGUCAGAUGCGGGUGCUACAAAACCUUUUGGCUCAGUUUGAGGCCGCUGCGAAUCCGCUUCAUCUGGGGGGGCUGGAACUCUCCCCAGAAGAACAUCGUCGCCGGUUCCGUAAUUGCUGCAUAGCAGAAGAAGAUCCUUUCAGUUUUGCCCAGCGGCUCCUGUACGAAGCGGAGAGGUGGCUGCAGCCUGGCCCGACACAAAGAGAGGCGCGGCUUCUGGAGACUGUUGUUCUGGAGCGUUUUGUGGAGGGGCUGCCGGGGGAAACGGCAGACUGGGUCAAGCGUCACAAGCCGUCCAAUGUGGAGGCGGCAGUGAAGCUGGCCGAAGAUCACCUGCUGGGGCGGUCGGAAAUCGUCGCAGGAUCGCUGCCAGGGGAGGAACUGGCAGUAGACGCUGUACCCGGCUCACCAGGGGCCGCACACACGCUGGGGCAGGAGUGUUGGCGAUGCGGGCAGCUGGGACAUUUUUACCGGGAAUGCCCGCUCAUGGAUGUUGUGCAGGUGUUCCGUGUUGCCAGGAUGUCAACAACCUCCCCCACUCCAGUAGGGACGUACAGCCUUACGGAUUUACCACCCAUAAGUGAUAAAGGAAAGAGAAAAUCAGAUCUUCAGAGUGAGUCGAGCCAAUGGCAACCACCUCCUAAACAACAAUACAAGUGUAUGGCAGGAUCACAGUCAGAAACACAAGGGCUGUCUGAUGUCAAAGAAAUAAUGAGAUGUGUCAGUGAAAGACUACAUGGCCGUGACAAGCUCAGUGCUUUCCUAAGGGAUAAAAUCAAGGAUUUGGAGACAGACAAGAGACACCUGGUUGGUGUCUUUGGUAGAACUGGGGCUGGAAAGAGCUCUUUAAUCAAUGCCAUCAUAAAUAAGGAGGGCCUGUUACCUUCUGGAACCCUCAGUGCAUGUACCUCAGUAAUGAUAAAGGUGGAGGCUACCAGUGGAUCAAAGUAUGAGGCACACAUCGAGUUCAUUACAGAAGAGGAUUGGGAAAAUGAGGUGCAGUCCCUAAAACUGGCUCUUGAAGAUCAUGAAGAUGAUGAUGAUGGUGGUAAUGAUUUUCUUGACCCUGAUGGAAAGUUAUCAGCGCUGUAUGGAGAAGAGUGGAAAGAAAGAUCCACUCACAGCCUCAUGGACAACAAAUAUUUCAGAGAUAUUCCAGAGUUUCGAAUGUCCAAGAUAAAAAUUUUGGAAAGUGACUCAGCUGAAGGGUUGUCUGAAGAAAUUGUGAAAUAUACAAGAAGUGACUCAAAUGAGAGAGAAGAAGAAGAAGAAGAAGUAACGAGGUGGUACUGGCCACUUGUGAAGUGUGUGACUGUCAAAGUGCCAGACAAUGAUUUUCUUGAUCACGUCACACUCGUGGAUCUUCCUGGAAAUGGUGACUGUAGAAGCAGUGAUAAAAUUUGGACAGGGUUUGUUGCCAGUUGUUCUACAGUGUGGAUUGUGUCUGAAGUGAAUCGAGCAGCAUCAGAAAAAGAAGCCUGGGAGAUCCUGGAAGGUGCCAGCAGCCUGCUGGGAAAUGGUGGCGAGUGUCAGCAAAUUCAUUUUAUCUGCACCAAGUCAGAACAUGGAAACCCAGAUGAUCUAAACAAAGUCAAGAGUGCAGUGAUGAAGGAAUUCAAAAAGCGGGAAUUAAUUAAGGAUCACUUCAGUGAGGAUUGUUUCAAAGUCUUCACAGUGAGCUCCACAGAGUUCCUCAAAGGGGAGAAUGUAAAUCCAGAUCUCAAUGAAAUACCAAAACUUCAGGAAAUUAUGAAAAAUCUGAAUGAUGCUCAUUCAGAGACAUUAAACUAUGUGUCUGGAGCUUAUGGGAUUCUGUCUUUGAUUCAAGGGUCCAGAAGUGGAGAAGUGGUUGAACAAAAAAACGAUGUGUGUGCGGACCUUGAGGGAAACUUGAGCAUCCAACUUAAUCGAGUCAAAAAAGCAAUUGAAGACAUUAUAAAAGCUUUUGAACAACGCCUAAGUGAGGGAGUAGAAACAUCCCAAAAUUUAUGUGAAAGAAAACUGAAGUCCUUCUUAUACCCCAGUAAAACGAGUGGUGGAGCUUUUAACAUGACGCUAAAGUCUGCAGUUAGGAAUGAUGGCGUCCAGAAACCAAAAAGAGGGAAAACAAAAGACCUCAACGUGAUAUUAGCGUCUUGUUUGACUCAAAGCAUUGAUAAAGAAUUCAGAAAGACCUUCCCAAACAACAUAAAAUGUGGAAAUUUCAAUGGAGCCAUUGAUGCGUUUUCACUCAGCACUGAUUCAUUGAUUGAAAAGUACAAAGAUGUUGAACUGCAACUGACAUUUCUCCAGACAGAGGAAAAAGAAAUUAAGACAAAGCUCAACAAAACCAUCCGCACAGAAAAGAAAUCAAUCUACAACAGUUUGACAGAGACAAUCAAGAAUAACAUGAAAGAAUGUUAUAAAGAAGCAGCAGCAUUUAAAGGUCCAGGCACCCUGAAGAACAUGAGGGACACUAUUGAGAGACAUGUGGAGUCAAAGAUGGACAUGUUUGAGGAGGCAAAAAGUGUCAUGUUGGAGCAGUUGAACGAUUUGAAGGAAACUGUCCUGAGGACACUGGAGGAAACCAUGAAGGAAUCCACUGAACACUCACUCAAGACUGAGGCCUGCUCACUGCCAGAUGUUUCAGAACAUCUUGAGGUGGUGAAGAAACAUUAUGAUGAACUUCAUGACGGUCAAGAUGAAACAAAUAACCAUACUGGAAACAGCUGAGGCCUGAUGACCCACAGGACAUCCCUGAGCAAACACUGAUAGAGACACGAGGUCUUUACAUAUUAUCACAGUAAUAUUUCUUUUGAUCUCUUUUAAUGUUGUGUUGAUGUGUACUUUUGACUUUUAAUGAAUUUUAUACAAAAAGCAUUUUGAAUAUUAUAGAUAUUAUUUAAAAACUGCUAAUAUUAAGGUGUUAAUCACGAGGGUCUAAAUCAUGUUUUGAUUUCUUUCUUUUUUUUAAAAAUUGUAGUUCGUUGGGAUGGGAGCAUUUAUUUUAAUGUGUGCUUAUUAAACAUUGAGCCUUAUCCAGCAUUGAAUUGAUAUUUACCACUUUAACUUCAUAGUUCUAAAUCCAAAUACUUGUUUUUUGUAGUUAUAACAUGUGUGUACAUGACAAACAGUGAGAAAUAGGUGUAAGUAAAGUUGUAGGAAGUCAGCAGCUACUUCAGUCAUCUCCCUGACAUUUUGAUUUUUCUGUGUUUGGAAUUAUUUGUCAAUAUAUUACAGUUUGGGGUUAGGUUCAGGGUUGUUUUUUUGUUGUUAUUUUAGGUGUUUAACAUUUUAAGUAUUUCUGUGCAUAUUGUUGAAUUCCUUUUUUGAUUUUUGUCUUGAUUAAUUAUUUCACGUUUCCUCCCCUGAUAAUGAUUUCCUGUAUUUUCUUCCUGAAACAGUUCACUCAUGUUUAGCAUUUACUUUCAUGUUUUCUGUAGCCUUAUUUCAGUAAUAUCAUUAUAAAAGCUGACUGAUUUUUAAAAAUGCUCAGGAAAAGGUACUUCAGUGCUUCCUUUAUUACCUCCUUCAGCAUACAGGAUUAGGAUACACUGAACCCUCCUUUGUGAAAUAAAGAUAUUUACAUCUCAUAAUUUAUAGUGACAGACAGUUGUUGAAGAAUAAGGUUAUCAAAACUAGGCUUGUGGCAUAGAGCAUUCAAAUGUUAAUUAUAAGUGUUCUUUUCAUUUUUUUUUAUUUUUAAUUUUUGGCAUAACAAACUGUUAAAGCCACAGAUAUGUUUUGAUCAUUAUACUGCUGUAAUAAUAUCUCCUUCUCGUCGAGGAUUUAUAGAAGCUGUCCUGGCAAUUUAUCAAUUAUUAAAGCUCACUAGUGGUCAGAUUGUUUAUUUUGCUUCCUGUUGGAGUCACACAUCUGGAUUUUUACUCCUGCACACUGUGAUGCAGCUUUUAUAUUAUUUAGUUUUCUUGCUUCCUUAUCUGUACUGAUUCUAAAAGAAUGCAUGUAUUCGAUAUUGUAUACUGUUCAAUAAAUCCAAAGUGCAAGCAAAUAUUUA